CCCCCCUGCGGCCGGAGUUGGUAGCACCUUGACGCCGCUCUUUGUGCCAGAGGCCCGCUGCCACAUCCCCUGUGGCAAACGGGUCGGUCCACGUCUUCAGGACCAAAGUUCCUUUUUCCGGCCCGCAUCACGAAACUCAACUCUCUGAACCAAACCCCACCCUCCUCCCCGCAUUCAGUUAUCCGGGAACCGCUGCAGCUGCGAGGAAGCUUUGCAUCAAGCACACACGACAGCGUCCAUGGCUCAGGAAUCCAUCAUUAUCGUCGGGUGCGUGCGCUAGGUCUCUCUGCUACGUAUAUGCCUGCCCUUCAUGUUUCUUGGUCAGCACACACACCAGACGACGACGUGCGGGCCGCUGACAGUUUUCGCAACGCGAGGGAGGGGGGAGCAGGGCGGGCAUCAUCGGCCUCGACGUCGCCCUCGUUCUCGCCGAGCGCGGCCUGGGACCUCGCAUCACCGUAUACGCGGAGCACCUGCCGGGCGACACCUCGCCCAACUACACCUCGCCGUGGGCGGGCUGCAACUUUUCCGGCAUAUCGGGCAGCGACAAGAACGCCCUGCGAUGGGACAAGCUGGGCUACGCGCACCUCAUGCGCCUGGCUUCCGAGCGUGGGCGCGAGGCGUACGUGGCGCGGGCGCAUUCCAUCGAGUACUGGGACUCGGACGCGCCGCGAGACAAGAUCCGGGCCAUCUCCGAGUACCUUGAGGAUUUCCGCGUGAUACCCGCCCACGAGCUCCCAUCCGGGGUCGAGUACGGCAUCUCCGCCACGACGGUGACCGUCAACGCGCCCAAGCACAUCGAGUACCUCUUCAGGCGGCUGCGCGACCAGCACGGGGUGCGCUUCGUGCGGCGCAGGCUCGACUCCAUCGACGCGGCGUUUGCGAGCCCCGACACCAAGGUCGUCUUCCACUGCUCGGGCAUCGCGGCUCGGACGCUCCCCGGGGUCGAGGACGGCAAGUGCUUCCCCACGCGCGGGCAGGUCGUCUUGGUGCGCGCGCCGGCCGUCAAGAGCAACGUGAUGCGCCACGGACGCGGGUACGAGACGUACGUGAUCCCGCGGCCGCAUUCAAACGGCAACGCGAUUCUGGGAGGGUACAUGCAAAAGGGGGUCUUGUACGCCUUUUUUUUUCUUGUUGUUGCUGUUGUUGUUGUUCUUCUCUCGCUCCUUGUCUCUCUCCAGUCUAGUCUUUGUUCCCCCUUUCCCCCUUUCCCCCUUGACCCCCUGCUUUGCCCGCCAUCGCCACAUCAACGCCACCGUCACACACGGCGGCGACGCGCCCCCAGCCCCUCGACGCCCCCCAACCCAACCGAACCUUGCUACGAAAGUGCAAACGACGCGUCCACGUACGCGCAGGAAAGCGAGUCCAUCGUCUCGCGGACGACGGGGCUGAGCCGCGAGCUGAGGGAGGGAGGGCUCGAGGUCCUCGCUGCGUUUGCGGGCAUGCGGCCGUCGCGUGAGGGCGGCGCGCGCGUGGAGCGAGAGGAGAGGCACGGCCGGGCCCUCGUGCACAACUACGGCGCCGGGGGCACGGGGUUCCAGGCCGGGUACGGCAUGGCCCUUGAUGCUGUCGCGGCGGCUGACGAUGUGCUGCGGGAGUUGAAGGGCGAUGAUGGCCCGCGGUCGCGGCUGUAGAACGAAGUCUGUGCGGCGGCGUGCUCUGGUAGCUGGGAUGAAGACUGGACCAGUCUUUAAAUCGAAACAUUGUCUAUUACGAUUGGGGCUCAGCAUGUGAAGAAAUCACGACUGAAGAAGUUGGAUGGUGGUGGUGAGAUAUAACUAUAUUAUACGAAGUACAGGGUAGCGCAAAGUGCGAGAUGAAGAGACUAUUCUCUUCCAUAG